AUGGAGAACUGUCUGGCAGCCGCGGCGCUGAACGGGAUGGACCGACGUAGUCUGCAGCGUUCGGCUAGGCUGGGUCAAGAAGUGCUGGAGCGGGCCAAGAGGAGAGCGGUGGACUGGCAUUUACUGGAGCUCCCCAAAGGCAGCAUGGGAGUUCGUGCCCCAGAGGGGCAAGACCAAGAAAGACGACGGGCGGCCGACCCUCAGCGACUUCUCCCUGGAGAGAGAGAAGAAAGAUACCCAACCCUGAGUGCUUCCUUCAGAACAAUGGUUGAGUUCAUGGACUAUGCUUCAAGUCAGUGUGGGAAAUAUUAUUCAUCUGUACCAGAGGAAGUAGGGGCAAGCCAUGUUUAUCGAUACCACAGAGGGAAGUCAGAGCUGUCCUGGUGCUCAGACACAAGAACUGGUCAGAGACAAGACAAAUCCCAUGGUCAUGAAGACGUCUGUCAAAUAUCACGGUAUGACCUAGAGGCAUCCCAACCUGCUGAGAGCAUCUCUAAGGACCUCUACAUAGAAGUCUACCCAGGGACCUACUCUGUCACCGUAGGUUCGAAUGACUUAACCAAGAAGACUCAUGUGGUAGCAGUUGAUUCCGGACAGAGUGUGGACUUGGUCUUCCCCAUGUGA